CAAAAAAAUAGAGAGAGAAAAAGGAGAAGAAAGGCAGCGAGCGGAAAAAGGAGCGUGCGUGUGCGUGCGUCGUUGGGGACUUUGGUCGCUGGCACGGGGGGUGCGUGCUCUGUCUGGCGUUGCGCUUCCCGACCAAACCAGCGAGGGGCGCGUGCUGGGUGCUGCCGGUGGGCUGGCUGGCUACCAGCGAUGCGCGGGGCCACGGCGCGAUCUGCGGCGGCCGGGAUCUGAGGAGCGAUGGCAGCGGCGGUGGAGGAGGCGGUGGCGAGGAGGCGGCGGAGCGGGAGCGUGGCGCUGGGGGACCUGCUGCGGCGGGAGGCGUCGGCGGAGCGUGCCCCGGCGGCGGGCGAGGAGCCGCGGCCCAGCGUCGCGGCGGGGCAGGCCUGCAGGGCCAAGAAGGGGGAGGACUACGCGCUCCUCAAGCCGGUCUGCGAGCGCCACCCGGCCGGCGCCGCCACCUUCUCCGCCUUCGCCCUGUUCGAUGGGCACAACGGGAGCGCCGCCGCGGUGUACUCCACGGAGAAUCUCCUGAGCAACGUCAUGUGCUGCGUUCCCGCCGAUCUGAGCGGCGACGAGUGGCUCGCCGCCCUCCCGAGGGCGCUGGUGGCCGGCUUCGUCAAGACAGACAAGGAUUUUCAAACAAGAGCCCAUUCUUCAGGAACAACCGUGACGCUUGUCAUAAUCGAUGGGUCUGUUGUGACCGUUGCAUCUGUCGGCGAUUCACGGUGUGUUCUUGAAGCUGAGGGUUCCCUUUACCAUUUGUCUGCCGACCAUCGCUUCGAUGCUAAUGAAGAUGAGGUCGAACGAGUAACAGAAUGCGGAGGUGAAGUUGGACGGCUAAAUGUUGUCGGUGGAGCAGAGAUAGGGCCCCUUAGAUGUUGGCCAGGUGGCUUGUGUCUAUCAAGAUCAAUUGGUGAUCAGGAUGUGGGUGAAUUUAUCAUUCCUGUCCCUUAUGUGAAGCAGAUCAAGCUAUCUAGCGCUGGAGGUCGAAUUAUUAUUUCAAGUGAUGGUGUAUGGGAUGCCUUGACUGCUGAAACGGCUUUUAAUUGUGCACGAGGGCUUCCUCCAGAAGCUGCAGCAGAUCAAAUUGUCAAAGAAGCAGUUGAAUCAAAAGGAUUGAGAGAUGAUACAACCUGUAUUGUCAUUGACAUAAUACCUCCAGAAAAAAUAAGCCCCACUGUGCAACCUGGAAAAAAGGAAGGGAAAGGACUUUUUAGAAGUAUCUUUUACAGGAAAACGACAUCAGACUCACCAUCUCAUGCAGAUAAGGACCAAUGUAAUCAGCCAGAUUUGGUGGAGGAAGUCUUUGAGGAUGGAUGUCCUUCUCUUUCAAGACGGCUAGAUUCUCAAUAUCCAGUUCGGAAUAUGUUCAAGAUCUUCAUAUGUGCAAUUUGUCAAGUAGAGUUAGAGUCUGGUCAGGGUAUAUCCGUACAUGAGGGUUUGUCAAAAUCAGGAAAGCUGCGUCCAUGGGAUGGGCCUUUCCUUUGCCACAGUUGUCAGGAAAAGAAAGAAGCAAUGGAAGGAAAACGUCACUCACGAGAUUCCUCCUCAAGAAACAGUGGGUCAAGUGAAUAGUAGCCAAGUUGGAGUCAUCUUGAAGAAAUCAUCUAACAGUGUUCGAAGUGCUAAUGCAUCUCAAUUGCAUUUCCCGUUGCCACUCUUGCAGCACUUCUUCAGUUCAUGGAUUGGCAUGGAAUUAGGAUAAUAUAUUAUAGAAUGGUAUUAACUCUGACAAGGUGACUAUCGGCUUAUAAGCUACUAAAGUCUGAAGAUGCAGCACAUUGUGGAGCAAGCAACUUACUGUUAUGUCAAGUUGUCAACAUCUCGAGUGGGCUUCUGGCAGUGGCACGUACAGGUCAAGAGGCCUGCUGAUUAAGAAUGGCCGAUCUCUAAGGCUGAUAGAUGUGUAAAUUAUCCAUCGUAUAGAGGUGCUCAAAUCGCUGCGGCUUUGUAUCUCAGCUAGGAUUAGGAGUGGAUUCUGAAAUUCGUUUUGGGCAGAUCUUAAAUUAAGGUCCGUGUAAGCCGUUUCCCUGUUAGAAAAUUUCUCCAUAUCAUACUAUUCAAGUUUCAACACUGUACUUAUAUCUAAGUACAUUCUUGCAAACAGCUAUAGCUCUUGGGCAUCAAAUCCCCAUUGUUAUCUUCUUAAUUUAACUUAUUUAUAAUGUAAAUAAGCUUGGUGUUAGGAAAUUUUUGCUCCAUUUUGCGUU